UCCCACAGCAGUCAUUGCAGGCUGGGAGUUUACACUGUGACCACAUAGGUCUACCCGGAGUACAAUUACUUGAACUCUGCCAGAGAUAGCUUUUCCUCCAUCGGUCCUUAUUUUUGGAUGUAAACCGCACUACAAAUACUGAACCAAACAGCGAACAGUGAUUUAAAGGGAGGUCCCUAGGAUUACCAUGUCCAGACCCACGCUCUCACUGCGGCUGCUGGUGGCAGCAGUUACCUUCGUGGUUUGUGCGACACAGCAGGUCAACAGCAUGGGAGGCAAUAGCAGCCUACCCCAGUCGAACUGGAUCUGGAACCAACUGCACUGCUGGGAGGGCGUCUCGGAGUCCAGCCAAAUUGGAAAGAUCAAAUCGGUUUGGCACAUAGAAGGGAAGACCAUGUAUAAGGUCCAAGGGGAGGGAGCUGGAACCAUCUUCAAGGUCAACCCCGAGACUGGCGACAUUGGUGUCUUCAGAGAGUUGGAUCGGGAGAAGAAAGAUCAGUACAGAUUACAGGGGAGUGUGAUCGACAAGAAGACUUUGAAGCAAAUUGGCACCAGCACCAACUUUACCAUUCGAAUACUGGACCUCAAUGACAAUGCACCCAUAUUCACCAAGGAUCCAUUCAAUGGAACCGUUGCUGAGAUGUCCAGCAAAGGCACAUCUGUCCUGACCAUCAGCGCCCAUGACCCAGAUGACCCAACUGUGAACAAACAUGCAAACGUAACGUACAAGAUUCUGAGCGAGCAGGAUAAUUUCUACAUUGGUUCAAUGUCCGGAACCAUAUAUGUAAAGGACACAAACCUGGACAGAGAACGGAAGAAGGACUAUCAGCUGAUAGUACAGGCCAAGGACAUGGGGCUUGACCAAGGAGGAAUGAGCUCUUCGGCAACUGUGCACAUCUCUCUGACCGACAUCAAUGACAAUGCCCCCUUCUUCCGGCACAGGCAGUACAAUUACACUGCAUCGGAGGCGACCCCUAUCGGAGAUGCUCUCGGCCGGGUGAAAGCAGAGGACCUGGACGAAGGCACGAACGCAAGGAUAUUGUACACAGUCAUUCCCGACGACAUCUUCCAGAUCACCACAGACCCACGCACACAGGAGGGGGUGAUAACUUUAAAAAAGCCGCUGGAUUUUGAGACGCAGCGGAGGCACCGCGUGCGGGUGGAAGCCGAGAACCCCACCCUGGUGAAGGGCAAGCAGUACAAGACGAGCACCACCCUGCUCAUAGACGUGCUGGACAUCGACGAGCCUCCUGUCUUCAGCCGGUCCCGCUACAUCCUCCGAGUGGCCGAGAACGAGCCCAAUGCUACGGCCGUGGGGAGCGUGUCAGCAGCAGACCCCGAUCACGCAAAGCAGCCGGGCAGCUAUUAAUUGGUGAAUGGCAUGGACUUAUUCAGAAUCGGGGGCAAUGGAAUGAUUUACACCAGAAAGCCACUGGAUCGAGAAGCAGUGGCUUGGCACAAUAUCACCGUGGCUGCCAGUGAAGUU